AUGACGGAAUUUAAAGAAAAUUGUUCGACCGAUGAAAAACAACAACAGCAGCAGCAGAAUAUUUCCCUGGAAUUAAAACAAUAUACGUCGGAUACGACUACGACCGUACAAAAGGGAGAUCUUCCAGAUCGUGGAACAUGGGGCAGCAAGUUAGACUUUAUACUAUCAGUCGUAGGUUUAGCUAUCGGUUUAGGGAAUGUGUGGCGUUUUCCAUACCUAUGUUACAAGAACGGUGGUGGUGCAUUUUUGAUACCUUAUUUUAUGACUUUGUUCCUGGCGGGUAUUCCGAUGUUUUUCAUGGAACUCGCCAUGGGUCAAAUGUUAACAAUAGGAGGUUUAGGUGUUUUUCGUAUAGCUCCCAUAUUUAAGGGUAUCGGAUACGCUGCCGCUGUCAUGUCUUGUUGGAUGAAUAUUUAUUACAUUGUUAUACUUGCUUGGGCGAUAUUUUAUUUUUUCAUGUCGAUGAGAACGGAUGUGCCAUGGAGAACUUGCAACAAUUAUUGGAACACGGAUACCUGCGUAAAUCCAUACGACAGAAAAAAUUUAUUCUGUUGGGAUACAUCGAUCGAUGGAACGUUAACGAAAAUGUGCAAAGUCAAUCAAUAUAAUCUUACGUAUAGAGAAAUGACGGAUCCGGUUAAAGAAUUUUGGGAGCGGAGAGCAUUACAAAUCUCCAGCGGUAUCGAACAAAUUGGUACAAUAAGAUGGGAACUUGCUGGAACUUUACUUUUGGUUUGGAUAGUUUGUUAUUUUUGCAUUUGGAAAGGUGUUAAAUGGACUGGUAAAGUUGUUUAUUUCACCGCUUUAUUUCCUUACGUUCUUUUAACCGUAUUACUUAUAAGGGGAGUAACACUUCCCGGUGCUGGAGAAGGUAUAAAAUUUUACGUCAUGCCUAAUUUAUCAAAAUUAAAAGAAUCGCAGGUAUGGAUCGAUGCAGUCACCCAAAUAUUUUUUUCGUAUGGAUUAGGUUUAGGUACCCUGGUAGCUCUUGGAAGUUAUAAUAAAUUUACCAAUAACGUGUACAAGGAUGCUUUGAUUGUAUGUACGGUUAAUUCAAGCACUAGCAUGUUUGCCGGAUUUGUUAUAUUUUCCGUUGUCGGAUUCAUGGCACACGAACAACAGAAACCGGUAUCGGAAGUUGCCGUAUCAGGUCCGGGAUUAGCAUUUUUAGCAUAUCCUUCAGCGGUAUUACAACUUCCGGGAUCUCCAAUAUGGUCUUGUUUGUUUUUCUUCAUGCUUUUACUAAUCGGAUUAGAUUCUCAGUUUUGCACGAUGGAAGGUUUUGUCACGGCGAUGGUCGACGAAUGGCCACAACUUUUAAGAAGGAAGAAAGAAAUUUUCAUCGCCAUUGUUUGCGUUUUAUCUUACAUAAUUGGAUUAUCCUGCAUAUCUCAGGGAGGAAUGUACGUGUUUCAAAUACUUGAUUCAUAUGCCGUAAGCGGUUUUUGUCUUUUGUUUUUGAUAUUUUUCGAAUGCGUGUCCAUAUCUUGGGCAUUCGGAGUGGAUAGAUUUUACGACGGUCUAAAAGAAAUGAUUGGUUAUUAUCCGAUAAAAUGGUGGAAAUUCUGUUGGGUUUUCACGUGUCCAUUCAUAUGCAUCAGCGUUUUUAUUUUUAACUUAGUACAAUGGACUCCGAUAAAGUAUUUGGACUACGAAUAUCCUCUAUGGAGUCACUUGUUAGGAUGGGUUACUGGUUUAUCUUCAAUGUUGUGCAUUCCAGGUUACAUGAUAUGGUUAUGGUACAAAACUCCUGGAGAUUUUCAAACGAAAAUGAGAUUGUUGGUUAGAAUAGAUGAUGAUGUGGCAACAUUAAGAGGAAAAAUGCAAGCAGAAGCAAGAGAAUUAGCUUCCGCGAGUUAA